AUGGAUCGGAGUUGGAUAAAUUUUUUACGCACAACAAAUGAAUAUGAGAAUGGAGUAGAAGAAUUUCUUGAAUUUGCAAAUAUGAAUGUUCCGGAUAAUAAUGGAAAAUUCUACUGCCCAUGUGUUAAUUGUUUGAAUGAGAGAAAACUACCGACUGACAUUAUUCGGGAGCAUGUUCUUUGUGAUGGUUUCUUAAAGAGCUACACAAAGUGGAUAUGGCAUGGUGAAUUAAUAGACAUGCCAAGUGUAGAUGUGUCUGAAGCAGAAGAAGUUGAUUUAGAGAUGGAUGAUCGAAUGGAGGAAAUGAUUCGUGAUAUUGGACAUGAUUCCUUUCAACGUGCAAAUGUGUAUGACAAUUUGUGCAAUGACGCAGAAAAACCUCUGUACGCAGAAUGCACUAAGUAUACUCGAUUGUCAGCGGUAUUAAAAUUGUUCAAUGUGAAGGCAAGAAAUGGGUGGACUGAUAAAAGCUUCACGGAAUUACUUGAGUUGUUGAGUGACAUGCUUCCUAAAGGUAACACGUUGCCAACACGCAAUUAUGAUGCGAGAAAGAUAUUGUGUCCGAUGGGUAUGGAGUAUCAAAAAAUUCAUGCAUGCCCAAAUGAUUGUGUCUUGUACAGGAAGGAGUUAGCCAUGUUACAUCAAUGUCCACGAUGUGGGGUGUCACGAUACAAACAAAAACAUAGUGAGUUUGAAUCUAAUAGUAAGGGUCCUUCGGCGAAUGUUUUGUGGUAUCUUCCUGUAGUUCCACGGUUGAAACGUUUAUUUAGCAAUGCAAAUGAUGCAAAACUCAUGAGAUGGCAUGCAGAUGGACGUAUAACAGAUGGCCAUUUGAGACAUCUAGCAGAUGGUUUGCAAUGGAAGAAAAUUGAUUCCAUGUUCCCAAAUUUCUCCAAUGAUUCAAGGAACAUUAGAUUUGGACUUGCUACAGAUGGAAUGAAUCCAUAUGGUAACUUGAGCAGUAAACAUAGUUCAUGGCCUGUUCUAUUAGUGAUUUACAAUUUACCUCCUUGGUUGUGCAUGAAACGCAAAUAUGUUAUGUUAUCCUUAAUGAUCUCGGGUCCAAGACAACCAGGAAACGACAUUGAUAUUUAUUUAACCCCAUUAGUUGAAGAUUUGAAGAUGUUAUGGGAGGAGGGUGUUGAUAUGUUUGAUGGGUACAUUAGUGAUUCAUUCAAGUUGCAUGCCAUGUUAUUUUGUCAAUCAACGACUUUCCAGCGUAUGGUAAUUUAA